AUGGCGCCACCCGCGCUUCCGCUUAAUCGUCAUCGAUCAUCCCUCGAGGGCAUAAUUGACUUUUCCUCACGACCAUCUCUUUCAGCCGAUGGCCGUGCUUAUGCUACCCGUCGGUUUCACCAAGUCAUCAACCAUUUUGACAACGAUGACAUGAAACAAAAUGACGACAAAUAUGACCGGAUCAAGCUUAUUCGAUUCACCUAUGAAUAUUCCAUCAGUGAAGAGUCUAAAUGCAAUCUGAUCAUUGCUUUAUUUGAGUCUCUCAAUUUAUCGCCAUCAGCUCAUGAGGACAUCGACUUCCAGGACUCAACAUAUCGAGCAGAGUUACAGGCAGAUCUACACGAGUUCGCCGACUACCUGGUUGACAACUUCUUCCUCCCUCGUGAGAUUUGCCGAUUCUUGUACUUGACGAAGUCUGCGCAACGGAUGCCGCACCAGAUGGACAGAGCAGUGCAACCGUCUCCGCUACUGCCUUAG